AUGUUUGCUGGGUCAUUAGUAGCUUGUACGAACUGGAAGCGGCUGUGGAUGGUCCUCACAGGCCUCAAAAAGGAAAAUGAUCACGUAAUGAAAAUGCCGAAAACAUUAGUGCACAGGCAUCACGAGAUGAUGAUGCUUAUUAAGCAGCCCCACAGUACCAGAGUGCUUGUGAAGAAGCUUAACACCUACACCAAGCUGCUGGUGGUGAGGGAUCCCUACCAACGCCUUCUCUCCGCAUACCGCGACAAGUUUGAGGACAAAGGAGAAGAGUUCUAUAUUAAAAAUUACGCACCUGUUAUUAGAACCUUCCGCCAGAAUGUGAGUGACUCAAGGAGUCCGAAGCCUGAUACAGGAGUCACCUUCUCAGAGUUCGUCAGUUACAUCUUGAGUCUCCCUAAAACAAGCUUUGAUGAGCACUGGAGACCAUACCAGCAGUUGUGCUUCCCGUGCGACAUACAUUACGAUGUCAUUGGCAAAUACGAAACGUUGGUCAAGGAUUCUGAGCACUUUUUGCGAUUAAUUGGAGCUCCGGAGACCCUGCAUUUCCCAGCCUACGCCCCCAGCAGGACCUCUGAGCUCCUGCAGGCCUACAUGGCCAGCCUCUCCCACCACCAGCGUCAAGGUCUCCGCAAGGUAUACGAAAUGGACUUUGAAAUGUUUCAAUAUCGAGACAAACUAUAAUUUUUACUGACUAACUUUAGGCAGUAAUAAAGAAGUGUUGAUACUGUGCACAGCACAGAAAUAAAUAUUGUAAUAGAAAUUGAGAUUUUAAGACAAAUAUUUCGAGCAUUGAGCAACAAAUAAUGUUCUGUCAGUUAAUAUGUAUGUGUUAAUGAGUCUAUACAAUCCCCCGUGACUCAGUGGUAAAGCACUCGCCUGGCACUUCGCGAGUGCUGGGUUUGUUGGCCUAGCCAGAGAGGCUUGAUUAGGCGCCAAUCCUUAAGUGAAGCCUCUGUUCACCCAGCAGUGAUUGGGUACCUGGUGUAGGGAAAACUUACUAGCGGGAUUUUAAUUAUUUAUUUUAAUUAUUAUUAUAUAUUUAUUUAUUAUAUAAGUUAUAUUUAAUUUGAUAUUAAAUAUUUUUUUAGAGAAUGGACUGUGUAGUUUAAAUUUUAGCCUACUAGUAACCUCCUUCACAAACUUAGGGGGGUAUUUUUAUGUUCUACUAAAUCAAAACUAAUUGAUUGAUACAAAUUUUUACUACUAGUUAUUCUACGAUUAAAAGAUUGGUUAAUAAUAUGAAU